CGGAGUGUACACUCAAAACGGAACGACCAGAUGAGAUGCUCAGUUGGCCUCCUGUGCUUGGAGAUUGCGGAACAAAAAGGCGGUGUCCCUCGCGUUCGACGACGAUUCUCUCGCAUUGAAGAGCGGGAUGAAUUGAAAAGAAAAGAAGGGCAAAGGACCAACUCCACUUAGUUUUUUUAAAGACCUAUUAACCCGAAUCGUGGUGGUGCUGUGUAAGUGGUGGAUUUCGUUUCGAAUUCGGUUAGUGAAUCGGGAUUGUGUUGAUACGUGAAAUUUAAAAGAAAUGUUCCCGGGACUAUUUGGCCUGUUGCUGGGUCUUGUCUCGACCGUUUUCGGACAGUUUGAAGAAGUCCAUCAGACCCCUGCCAUCGGCGCGGAAGGAACCAGAUGCUACGACCAUUACGGAAGAGCACAGAGGUGUAUCCCGGAGUUCGAGAACGCGGCGUUCAACUUGCAAAUAGAAGCGUCAAAUACUUGUGGAGAUAACGGACCAAUCGAGUACUGUUUGCAAACGGGCACGCAUUCCAGGAAGACCUGCGACGUGUGUUAUCCGAACCAGCAUGAUUCCAGAUUUCUCACCGAUUCUCAUACCACCGAAAAUCAAACUUGGUGGCAAUCGGAAACUAUUCUUGAAGGAGUUCAAUAUCCAAAUCAAGUUAAUUUAACGUUACAUCUUGGGAAAGCUUUUGAUAUUACAUAUGUUCGAGUAUGGUUCUUUUCGCCUCGACCAGAAAGUUUUGCGAUAUAUAAGAGGACAACAGAAGAUGAUCCUUGGAUACCAUAUCAAUUUUAUAGUGGAACAUGUCGAGAUACUUAUGGUUUACCCGAAAAUUUAGGAAUUGCCAGGGGUGAGGAGACCAGAGCUUUUUGUAUUUCGGAAUAUUCCGAUAUUUCACCUUUACAAAAUGGAAAUGUUUUAUUCGGGACGUUGGAAAAGAGACCCUCUGCUUACAAUUUCGAUACCAGCCCGGAAUUGCAGGAAUGGGUAACAGCAACAGACAUAAAAUUAACAUUAGACCGUCUUAACACAUUCGGUGACGAAGUUUUCGGCGAUGCAAACGUAUUAAAAUCAUAUUUCUACGCAAUCUCCGACAUUGCGGUGGGGGCAAGAUGUAAAUGUAACGGCCACGCAUCUGAAUGUAUAACAUCGACCGGUAUUGACGGAUCAACAAGAAGAGUCUGCAAAUGCGAACAUAACACCGCCGGACCGGAUUGUAACGAAUGCUUACCAUUUUAUAACGACGCCCCGUGGGGGAGAGCGUCUGGAAGGAACGUUCACGAAUGCAAGGCAUGUAAUUGCAACGGUUUUUCCCAUCGCUGUUACUUCGAUAAAGACCUCUAUGAAAGAACUGGACACGGUGGUCACUGUUUGGAUUGCGUAGCGAAUCGGGAUGGUCCAAACUGUGAACGUUGCCGUGAAAAUUACUACCAACGCGAAGACAGUUAUUGCGUGGCGUGCAAUUGCGAUCCGAUUGGUUCCAGAAGCCUUCAAUGUAACACCGAAGGAAAAUGCCAAUGUAAACAAGGCGUUACCGGCGAUAAAUGCGAUCGUUGCGAUGUGAAUCAUUACGAUUUUGGAACGCACGGAUGUAGAACUUGCGGUUGUUCCGAAGCUGGAUCUUACAAUAACACCGCGAGUUGCGAUACAAGAACUGGUACUUGCGCCUGUAAGGAAAAUGUCGAAGGAAAAAGAUGUAGAGAAUGCAAACCGGGUUUCUUUAAUUUGGACAUUGAAAAUGAAUUUGGAUGCACUCCAUGUUUUUGUAAUGGACAUUCCUCUGAAUGUACAAACGCUCACGGUUAUUCUAAAUUUCAAAUGGAAUCAACUUUUGCUAAGAAUAGCGAAAGGUGGACCGCUGAAGAUGAGAAUAAAAGAAGCACUGCAGUGCAAUUUAAUGCUUUGAGUCAAAAUUUAGGUGUAACAGCGUCUGGUUACGAUGCGAUUUACUUUUUGGCACCGGAUAGAUUUUUGGGGGACCAAAGAGCUUCUUACAAUCAACUUUUAAAGUUUUCAUUAAGAAUUGGCGAAAACAACCCGAUUCCUAAAGCGGCUGAUAUCACGUUAGAAGGUUCUGGAUCUUAUAUAAGAAGCGCUAUUUUCGCGCAAAGAAAUCCUAUGCCAUCUGUUCAAACUCAAGAAUAUAAAUUCCGUUUACAUCAAGAUCCCAAAUUUGGUUGGCAACCGAAACAUUCCGCGAGAGCUUUCGUUUCCAUCCUAACAAAUUUAACCGCGAUUAAAAUUCGUGGGACAUACACACCCGGAGGAGUUGGAUUUUUAGACAAUUUCCGUUUGGAGACUGCGUCGAGAGGAGUUGCUGGAAAACCAGCGAAUUGGGUUGAACAAUGCGAAUGUCCCGAAGGAUAUGUGGGCCAGUUUUGCGAAUCUUGCGCUCCCGGAUACAGACAUUCCCCGUCUUUAGGAGGACCUUUCAUGCCGUGUAUUCCGUGUGAUUGCAAUAAACACGCCGAUAUUUGCGAUUCGGAAACUGGAAAAUGUAUUUGUCAAGAUAAAACUGCCGGGGAUAACUGCGAAAUUUGCGCUAAAGGAUAUUAUGGGAAUGCUCUUGGAGGUACCCGAGAUGAUUGUAAACCUUGCGGUUGUCCCAAUGGAGGUGCUUGCAUUCAACUUGACGAAGAAUUGAUUAUGUGUAUUGAAUGUCCUUUGGGAUAUACUGGGCACCGUUGUGAGUCUUGUGCUGAUGGUUACUUUGGGGAUCCUUUAGGCAAAUAUGGACCUCCUAGCGAAUGCCAGCAAUGCGAUUGCAACUUUAACAUCGACUUAAACGCAAUUGGAAAUUGUAAUACAACAACUGGAGAAUGUCUUAAGUGUGUUCAUAACACAGGGGGACCUAGAUGCGAUAAAUGUUUAUCGGGAUUCUUUGGUGAUGCUUUAAAGUUACCUAAAGGUGAUUGCCAGCAAUGUGAAUGUUACGCACUCGCAACGUUGGAAGGACCAGAUGGAAUUCCAAUUUGCGAUCAAUUCAGUGGAACUUGUAGUUGCAAAAAUCAUGUUCAAGGAAGAAAUUGCGAUCGUUGCGAAAUCGGUUAUUUCAACAUUAAUAGUGGGGAAGGUUGUGAAUCUUGUAACUGCGACCCUGUCGGUUCAAUAAACAACACCUGCAACCUCUACAAUGGUCAAUGUAACUGCAAACCGGGAAUAACAGGAUUAAGAUGCAAUCAAUGCGAAAUAUACAAAUACGGAUUUUCAUCCGAAGGCUGCAAAUCAUGCGAUUGCGACCCUAUUGGAUCUAAAGAGCCGCAAUGUAACCCACUUGGCCAAUGUCCUUGUUUCGAUAACGUUGAAGGAAAAAGAUGCGAUCGAUGUAAAGAAAAUAAACACGAUCGUCAAAGAGGUUGCAUUGAUUGCCCUGACUGCUACAACCUCGUUCGAGAUGAAGCUCACGCUCAUCAAAAGAAGAUAGAACAUCUUAGAACGAUUAUCGACGACAUCGAAGGAAGCCCAACCGUUGUUUUUGAUGACCAAUUCGAAAAGAAACUAAAAGAAUUAAAAGCUGAAGUCGAAAGAUACUACCAACUAGCUAAAGAUGGCACAGGGGGUGACGGAGAUAAAACAAUUUCCGAAAAACUUAACGAUAUCAGAGAGAGACAAAAAGAAAUAUCAAGGGUUUUAUCCCAAAUCGAUGAAAGCAUCUACUUAGCUAAAGACAAAGGAUUAAAAGCCUUAGAAAACGUAACCGAAACCGACAACAUCCUCAAAUUAGCCGGGGACGAUUUACAAAACGCUUUCCAAAUUUUAGACAUCAAAGGUAAAGCGGCGUUGGAAGACGCCCAACAACGUGCUAAAGAAUACGGGGAAACAUCGGAUUUAAUGACAUUAAUCUCGCAGGAAGCUCGUAAUAUUGCAGAUCAAUUAGAAUUCGAAGCCAACGAUAUCACCAAUCAAGCUUUAGACGCCGACAAACAAUCGACGGAAGCGUACGAUUUAGCGUCCCAAUUAUCGUCCCAACGUAACAACAUCAGCGAGCAACUUACCAAUUUAAAGAACGACAUUUCAAGAACCGAAGAGAAACUAAAACGGACUCAAAACGCAACUUUGGACGCCCACAAAAGUGCCCAAGAAGCCAAAGAUAAAGCGUUAGCUUUAUUGGCGGAAGUUACCAAUUUGGACGUCCCCAAUGAGGAUAUAUAUAAAUUGAAAAAUCGAUCCGAGGAAGCUCGAAAACUCGCUGCUCAACUCCUAAAAGAAAGCGAUGAUUUAAUCGCGCAAAAUGAAGACUUGCUUAAAGAAAUCGCCGAACAAAUUCUUAAUGUUGAUGAUCUUAUUGAGAAAGGAAUCCAACAAAAUGAUGAUAUUAAUCAAAUAAUGAAUGAUAUUAAUAUGUUGGAAGCUCAAGCUGAUAAAGCGGUUGAAUUAGGAGAUAAUACUUUAAAUAGAGCUAAUGCUACAUAUGAAUCAUUGAAACAUUUUGAUCAACAAGUUCGUAAAAGUAAAGCUGAUGCAGAUCAACAACUUGCUCUUAUACCAAAAAUUCGUCAAUUAAUUACAGAAACAAUUAACGAAACAGCACAAACUCAAAGUGAUUUAAUUAAUGCUAAACUUGAUGCGGAAGCAGCAUUAAAUCGAGUUGAAUCUGCGAGUGACGAGUCGACGAGUGCAGUUAAAAAUAUGGAAGAUAUAAAAACGGAAGUGGAUCAAAGAUUUAAAAACGCAACUCAUUUCCAAACAGAAGCCGAAUUAAUGGAAAAUAGAGUAGCUAUGGUAAAAUCGGAAUUCGAUGAAUUAGCGAAACAAAGUGGUAAAAAUGGAACGUUACUUAACGAGGUUAAAGAGAAAGUAGGGCGAGCCGGAAAAGAUACCGCGGAUGCCAGUAAAAAGGUUAAUGAUAUUUUGAAAGAUGUUCAAGGAAUAAUGAAAGAAUUGGACAAUCUUCCGUCUUUCGACGACGCCGAAUUAGAUCGGUUGGAGGAACAAUUACGUUUGGCGGAACAGAAAUUCCAAGAUGCUAAUCUUGAAGCUAUUUUAGAGAAGCUUCAACGCGAACAAACCGAACAAGAUUCUCUCGUCGAAGCUUACACGUUAGAAAUUAAAAAGUUAAAGAAAGAAGUCGAAAACGUCGAACAAAUUGCUAAUACCAUUCCUAAUGGUUGUUUUAAACAGGUUCAUCUAGAACCUUAAAAAGCAAGACAAAAAUAUUAAUGGAGAAAACAGUGUACAAAUAUUUUUUUUUCUACAUACCAAAGAACAUUUCAUGUGUGUUUCUAUGUUAAAACUUGCCAUUUAUAGAUGUUUUAUACCUUAGUAUGCAUUAGUGUUUUUUUAUUUUAUCUUGAUUAAGAUGUAUAAUUCCUUUUAUUUGUAAUUUUAGAGUAAUUGAAUAAAUGAU